AUUUCUCAAUAACAAACACAUUACCAGUACUCCCACUUUGGCACUGAUAUUUUGAGGUCCAGAUAUUUCCAAUUCCGCCAUCUGACAAACAAAUAAUUUGAGUUCCAGAUACUCCCAAUUCCGCCUAGCAGCAUAUUCCGAGUUCCGGAUAAUUCCAAUUUCGCUGUCUGACAAAUAUUCGGAGUUCCAGAUAUUUCCAAUUUCGCGGCCCCAAUCAACUACACCGUUCACCGUUUUCUCAGAACGAACCCAAUAGUGAUUCCUUCUCUCUAAUGGCUAACCUCAAUUUAUAGAUAAUGUUUGCUGUUUAGUGCUUCUUCUAUGCAGAUGCUUCUAUCUGUGGUGUCAUCUGCUCUUCUUGAACCGUUUUAACUUUUUAACCUCUCCUCGUUCAAAAUGGCUCUAGCUACCAAGAACCUUUUCAACCUUCUCUCUAAAGGACUGAAAUUUCAUCCAGUAACAUCUUCCAGCUUGGUUAAAUUUGCCCACACAUCUUCAGAAAACAUUCCAGAGGGUCGUACCAAAUGUACUCUAAUCCCAGGAGAUGGAGUUGGGCCAGAAUUGGUGUAUUCAGUUCAGGAGGUUUUCAAGGCUGCUAAUGUACCCGUUGAUUUUGAGAUGUUCUUCCUGUCUGAAGUGCAUCAUGCUAUUAGUGCACCACUCGACGAUGUAUCCAACUCAAUCAAGAAGAAUGGUAUCUGCCUCAAGGGCAUCCUGGCCACACCGGACUAUAGCCACACGGGCGAACUGCAGACGCUGAACAUGAAGCUGCGCCGCGUGUUGGACUUGUACGCGAACGUAGUGCACGUGAAGUCGUUGCCGGGCAUCAAGUGUCGCCACCAGAACAUCGACACCGUCAUCAUCCGCGAGCAGACCGAGGGCGAGUACUCGGCGCUCGAACACGAGAGUGUCAAGGGAGUAGUUGAGUGUCUGAAGAUCAUAACCGCGGCCAAGUCGCAGCGAAUAGCCAAGUUCGCGUUCGAUUACGCCACCAGGAAUAACAGAAAGAAGGUGACAGCAAUCCACAAGGCCAACAUUAUGAAAUUGGGCGACGGAUUAUUUUUAAAAAGUUGUCAGGAGAUGGCGAAACUGUACCCGAAGAUCGAGUUCGAGGCGAUGAUCGUGGACAACUGCACGAUGCAGAUGGUGAGCAAGCCGCAGCAGUUUGACGUGAUGGUGACACCUAACCUCUACGGCAACAUCAUCGACAACAUCUUCUCGGGAAUUGUGGGCGGCGCAGGUGUUGUCGCCGGCGCAUCCUACAGUCCCGAGUGUGUUGUCUUCGAGCCGGGCGCAAGACAUACUUUUUCGGAAGCUGUUGGUAAGAAUGUAGCCAAUCCCACGGCCAUGCUGCUGUGCUCAGCUAAAAUGCUGCACCAUGUCAAUCUGGGUUACUAUGGUACCAUGAUUCGCAAUGCGGUCAACAGUGUACUCCAAGAAGGAAAGAUCAAAACAAAGGAUCUUGGUGGCCAGUCUACAACCAACGAGUUCACAUACGCAAUCAUCAACAAUCUACGUUGAUUUUGUCUAGACCAAUAACCAAUUGCAAAAGUAUUAUAAGUAGGUGCUUAUCCGUGAAUAGUUUGUUCGAGUAGCAAGUAUUCUGUCCUGACAUAAAAAAUACCAUGCGUGAAAAAGUUAGAAGGAUAUUUAACCUAAAGUUUCGACCACUUUUAUCAUUUUGUUUUUUAAAUUUGAACCAUUAUUGAUAGAAAAAUUUUUCAUAUCAUCUUUAAAGCUCAAUCCAUUGUACAUAACAUUGUUAGAGAGAGUUCUUAUUUUUCGUUAUUGAAAGUAGGCAACUUAGUCUAAAUUCAUUCACUCCUGAACGGAUUGUUAUAAAAUUUGUGAUUCUGUAAGUGAUGUAGGUAUUUCUGAUUGUUAUGACAAUAUAUAAAUCAAAGAAUUUUUAUUGAGAAGUUUGUCUCAAUAAUGUGUUGAUGUAAGUAUAUUUAUUUAUUUAAUAAAUAUUAGAUCAAUUUGAAA